AUGGUUGAUCAGCUGCAAGGAACAUGGAAAUCUGUGUCUUGUGAAAAUUUUGAGGAAUAUAUGAAAGAACUGGGAAUAAGGAGAGUGAGUAGGAAACUGGGUUGUCUGGCAAAACCCAUUGUGACCAUCAGUAUAAAUGAAGAUGUGAUCACUAUACAAACCAAAAGCAUCUUUAAAAAUAGGGAGAUCUCCUUUAAACUGGGAGAAGAAUUUGAGGAAACCACACCAGAUGGCCAUAAAAGCAAGAGUACAGUAACUUUAGAAAACGACUCCUUGAUGCAGGUUCAAGACUGGAAUGGCAAGGAGACCACGGUAACCAGAAAGCUGGUGGAUGGGAAAAUGGUGGUGGAAAGUGCUGUGAACGGUGUUACUUGCAUUCGGACGUAUGUGAAAGUUGACACAAAUCCAGUCUCAAGUGCUUAA